AUGAUGCCCGGCGUUUACCCCGUCGGGAACGGCGGGCGAGAUGGCUCGGGGCUGAACAAGUUCGGCGGGCCGGGCGGCAACAAGGGGCCCACCUGCGUCGACAGGUUGAUCUGGUCGCUGCAGUCGAUGGCCAACAACGACGUCGACGCCAUCCGCAACGUCCUCAGCGUCUCGGUCCACCAGCACCGCCUCCGCCUCCCCGGCCUCACCAAGGCCGUCGCCUCCCUCCACUCCCCGCUCCAGCCGGACAUCAAGCUCGUCAACGCCGCGAUGCCGAACCAGCCGGCGGACGUGGCGCUCGCCCUGUACCGCUGGGCCGUCACGCGCGGCCUCAAGCCCGACGGCCACACGUACAGCUCCGUCAUCACGAGCCUGGCGCGCGAGGGCCGCGCCGCCGAGUCCGCCGAGCUGUUCCUGCGCAUGCUGCGCUCGGGACUCCCCCUCGACCAACACGUGGUGUGCUCCAUCAUCACGGCGCUGCGCUCGCACUGGCACGCGGCGCAGCACGUCUUCCUCUCGUGCCUGGACGUGGGGUUCGACCUGCCGGACAAGCUGAGCCAGGCGGACGCCGGCCCCGGCCAGGGCGGGGAGCGCGACGGUGUGCCGGGCAGGGGGGGGGACUUCGAGCCGACACGCCCCUCCGAGAAGCCGUACUCGAACCUGGACCAGGGCUCGAGGAUGGUGGGCUCGGCGAUGCCUCCCCCGCCGCCCGCGCCGCCGCAGGAGACCCUCGAGGGCUUCCCGGGGGGUCUGUUUCCGGGUAUGACGGGACGGGGAGGGGGGGGUCCGGCGCGGCAGACCAGCGAGGACGACCCGUGGGUGUCGGCGAACCCGAUGCCGUGGAUGCACCCCCUCGCGGGCGCGGAGACGUCGCCGCAGAAGCCCCCCGGAGACCCCAGCCAGGAUGCGGGGUCCAUUCUUGAUUCCCCAACUCGCACGCCGACGACGUUCCACCAGAGCUACCACGGCUGGGGGCCCUGGAGCUGGGCCAUCGCGUCCCCGCCUGCCACCGCCCAGAUCGGCUUCCACCCCGACGCGGCGUCCGGGUCCGCCGCCCCGACGGCCGCCGGCGGCAGCGAGCACGGCACCGCCGACAUCCUGUGCGAGGACGACCGCAUCGCCGAGCUGGUGCGCAACGUCGUGCCCCUGGUGGCGGCGCUGCGGCGCCGCAGCAACAAGCCGCCGCCGAACCCCAACGUCAUGUGCGCGAACGCGCAGCUGGCCGCGUACGCCAAGGGCGGGCAGGCGCAGCGCUCGGCGGUGCUGCUGCGCUGGAUGCUGGACUCCUCGGUCCGGCGCCCCGAGGUGCAGCCGGACUCGAUCAGCUUCAACACGUGCAUCACGACGCUGUUGAAGGCCGGGGUCUUCGAGACGGGCUUGGAGUUCUUCGAGUGCAUGCUGACGAUGGGAGUGCAGCCCAACUCGACGACGAGCGCGCUCGUGACCAGCGGCAUCUCGCGCGGGCUCAUCAACCCGGCGUCGCACCCGUGGGCGCUUUCGGCGUCGCGCGGGCCGAACAACGGCUCCGCGGGCGACCCCGGGAUGCACCACGUCAACAGCGAGCAGUGGUCGCCGGCGCGGUCGUCGCUCGGCGCGGUCGGAACCCCGCAGCGGACGGGCAGCCUCGACACCCCGCCGCGCGGCGCGGCCGUGUACCCGGUCACGCCGAAGCGGCCGUUCACGCCGCGCGCCAGCCACCCGCCCACGCCCAACGGCGCAGGCGGCGCUGAGGCCGCGGCCUGGCAGCGCAGCUACCAGGGCAUCACGCCGCACAGCCUCGUGUCGUCGUUCUCGACCGGGGCGGACGGCCGGUCGUGGGGGAACUGGGAGCAGGAGGGGAGUCACCACGGCCUGGGACCCCUGACGCUGUCGGGGCCCAUCGGACACGCUCCGCAGGGCCUGCACGAGUACUGGCAGCCGCUGACGUACCACGACUCGCUGAACCCGCACACGCCCGGGGCCGCGCAGCAGCGGACUUCCCCGCCCGCGCAGCAGGGCGGGGGGGAGUUCGGGGGGGAUGUGUUUGGGGUGUACGGGGAGGACCCGCGGCCGUCGGGCAAGUGCGUGUGGGAGUGA